UCACAAAUGUUAUUUGAAACAUUAAAGAUAACCAUAAACUUUAGUCAAUUUUAGUUCAAUCCUUUACGUUUUUUCUGUCUUUUUUAUUUGCCCAUGUGACAUAAUGACAUCAUCUUCUAUAUUUAGAGUGUGCAUAUAUUUUAAAAGCUGCCAUAUCUUUUAGCAGACAGAGUGCUGGACGGCGGUGAGUGAUGGGGUCUGACUAGUUACAUAACAAAAAUCUCUUCCUCUUCAGACGUGAGUGAUGAAUUCAACAGCAGGCCAGCAGCUCCUCCUGAGAGACACGUUCGCCAUGGCCUUCAUGAAGAACUUCAUCGUAGUUUUGGUGUGGUUUCUUCUCAGCUACAUCAAUGGCAGCGUAGUGGCUACUUUCUUCCGACACCAGAUCUUUUACGAGGACCCUCGCUAUAUACUCUUCAUACACAUGGUCAUUAAUGACGCCGUUCAGCUCACUGUGACCAUCGCUCUAUUCUUGGUCAGCUACAUCUUGUAUACUAUCAGUGUGGGAGUGUGUUGUUUCUUCAUCCUGGUGGCCGUGUUUACAACCCGUAGCACGCCUGUUAACUUAGCCGGCAUGGCUAUCGAGCGAUAUAUCGCGAUUUGUUAUCCUUUACGACAUGCUCAGAUCUGCACUGUACAUCGUGCUUACGUGCUCAUAGGUGUUAUUUGGUUUGUAUCUGUAGUUCCUGAUAUCACUGACCUCUUUGUGACUCUAGCCACAGAACCACUGAGUUUCUUCCAAACGUCAGUUUUCUGUCUCCGGCAAAACGUGUUUAAAGACCCGGUGUUGCUUUAUAAACGGCAGGCGUUCGACGGGAUUUAUUUCUCGCUGGUUUUCCUGACGCUCCUGUGCACGUAUUUAAAGAUCAUGUUCACAGCGCAUUCGCAUUCAACCGAGAACACAUCCGCCAAACGGGCGACCAACACCAUCCUUCUUCACGGGCUGCAGCUGAUCAUGUGUUUGCUCUCCUACAUUUCCCCAAGCGUGGAAGGAAUACUGAACAUCAUCUUCCCAGGACGCGUUCUGGAGAUCCGUUUCGCCAACUAUCUGAUCGUUUACAUUCUGCCACGCUUUUUGAGUCCGAUCAUAUAUGGCGUGCGGGAUAAGAAAUUCCGCAAGUAUCUGAGGAGGUAUUUUGUCUGUGGCGUUUCUACAAUGGAAACAAGAGUUGAGUGUAAAGAUGGAGAUUAAAGAUCAAAUCAAAAAUACUAAUCAAUUUGAUUUAAUUCAGUUCAAGUUUAUUUGUAUAGCACUUUCCGCAAUAACUGUUUCAAGGCAUCUUUACAAAAGGUGCACAUUAUUGCAUUGCAAUGAAAUUCAGACAACUAAGGUUAUUAGUUGCUAUAACUUAUUUAUUUACUAAUACCUUACUAAUACCUAGGACCAGACGGAAUCUGCGGACUUGUUUUUUGCUAUU